AUGGUUGAUGAAAAUUAUUUAAAGGAAAGUGACAGCUCAAAGUUUUUAGACUUUGGUCAAAUCGAAAAUGAAAUUAAAGAAUUCAAAUCAAAACAAAAGGAAAUAUUUAGUUUUUAUGUUAAAAACAUUGAUGAGUUAAUAGGAAAAAUAAAUAAAGCUAAAAACCUUUUAGAGGAAAAGAAGAAAACAGAAAAUGAAAUAUUAAAAGAUAAGAAUUAUCAAAAUAAUGUUGACAUAAAUAAUGGUGAUAAAAAAAGUGUUGUUACUAAUAUGGAUAAUAAUGAAAGCACGGAUAAAAUAAAAAGAAUCGAAAGUAUAAAUGAUAAUAAAACAAUAAACAAAAACAAUGUUAUUAUAAAAGAAUUAAUAAAAGAUGUCAAAAGUUUAAAUAUAACAGAAAAAAUUAAUAAUGAAAACAAGACGUUUUAUAAUACAUUAUUAUUAUCAUAUAGAGGUAUUAUAUCUUUAAUAAAACAGGAGACACCAGAAAUAUUUAAAGAUAUACAUAUUAAAAAAGCUAUUAUUCUUAGAUUAAUUCUGAUGCAUUUUUUACAAAAGGGUGAUUUUUUCAUGUACUAUGUAUUAAAUAAAGAAAUUCUGAAGAAUAAAAAAAAAAAAAAAAAAAAAACAUAUAUGGAGGAAAAUCAAAUGUAUGAUAGAACAUCUAACGGAGAAAUAAUAAAUGAACAUAUUUUAAAAAGUGGGGAUGUCGGAGUAUCUAGAAAUUUAAAUAAUUGUAUAGUUAACCCUGAUAUGUUAAAUGAUAAAAACAAUAAUAAUAAUAAUAUCAAUAUCAAUAACAAUAACAAUAACAAUAUCAAUAUCAAUAACAAUAACAAUAUCAAUAUCAAUAACAAUAACAAUAUCAAUAACAAUAACAAUAACAAUAAUUAUGAUAAUAAUAUUAUGGAUGUCCCACAUUACCUGGACAACAUACCAAACAACAAAGAUAUAGUAAACGAAUGUGACAGUAAACAAAUAAAUAAUACCAAUUCAUACGAUUAUAAUAUGAAUAGUGUGCAAAAAAUAGAAAUGAAAAAUGAAGACACAGCAAAUAAUAUUAAUGUGUAUAAUAAGGAAGAUACUAUAAAAUGUAUUAUACCUGGUAAUAAUAUGUAUGAACAUAAUAAUAGCAAUAGUAAUACAUUUAAUAGUGUUCUCCUAAAUAAUAUUAACCCUAACGUUGGAAUGAACGAUAAAGGAUUGUUUAGUAGAAUUAAAAAAGAAUAUUUAAGAAAAAUAAAAUUCUCUGAAAAAAAUGAAGAAAUAAUAUUUGAGCAUGCAUUGUUAGAAGAAGAAUUAUUUGAAGGAUAUAAAGAAUUACAUAGAAUUAUGUAUAAUUUAAAAAAUUAUGAUGUAAGUUCAUGUAUUGAAUGGUAUCAUAGAUGCAGUGAAUCCACCAAAAAGAAAUAUACAAAAUUGAUUUAUUUAUUACAUUGUAUUAGUUAUCUGAUAUAUUCCAAAGAAGAUAAAGAAAAAGCCUUACAUUGUCUUAGGGAACUAAUGUUAAAUUAUAAAGAAAAUAAAUCUCAUAUCUCAAGAUUAAGCACAUUUAUAUGUAUAGGAGUUGAUAAUGCAUUUUUUAAAAAUAUGUUCUCUAGUGUGCAUGCAAAAGUAUUUAAUUAUUUUAAGAGAGCUUUUAAUGAAGAAGGAAUUGUUGUAAAUAUGAAAAAAAAUAAAAAUAUGAUUAAGAAGGAUACAAGACAAUAUGGAAAUGAAAAUAUGCGCUGUAAUAAUUUGGUACCUAGUAAAGUGAAUAUAAAAAAUGAAGAAGCUAAUAAAAGGAAUGUAAAAGAGUUACAUAAUAAAAAGGAAGAGGACGUCAAAGAAAAAAUAAAUUCUCGAAAAAGAAAAUCUAGUAUAUUGUUAUAUAAUAAAGAUGAAAAAAAUACUCACAAAAAUUGUACUAGUCAAAAGGAUGGAAUUAAACUUUGCAGUGAUAAAAAUUGUAAACAUAAAAUGUGUAGUAGUAAUAAAUAUAAUAAGGAAAAAUCAAAUAUAUCAAGAUGUACUACAGAUAAUGAUAAAAAAUGUUCCUCAUCUAUAUGCUCUAAAAAAAAAAAGAAUAAAAUAAAAAAACGAAAAAAAAAUAACUCCUUUCCUAUUAUGUAUAAAAAAAUAAAUGAAGACAUAUCUAGAGGACAAACAAAAAGUCAUAUAAAAAAAAAGAAUUUAAAGAAUAAAAAAGGAAAGAAUGAACAUAUUUUGAAAAGAAAAAUAAAAAAGAAAUUUACAAAUAUAUAUAAUCGAAUCAGUAAAAAGGAUCCAAUUAAAGUUAAGAAAAAUAAAAAUAAAGGAAACCAUAGCAGAAAUAAGAAGAAAAAGAAAAAUUAUUCAUAUGUUACAUUUCAUAAAGAAUAUGCAUUAAAUAUAAAAAUGGAUCGUAGUAAUAAUAUUCCCUUAAUUCAUAAUAAUAUUUAUAAGGAAAAAUAUAGUAAUUUAUGUGGUACAAAAUUAUAUACUAAUCAUUUCUAUGAGACUAAAAGAAAUAAUUUCCUUCGUCCUUUAAGUGAAUUAUAUGUAGAGAAUAAUAUUAACGAAAUAAUAAGAAAUAAUAAAAUGAAUAAGGACAUUUUAUAUGAUAGCUGUUGUAACAAUUAUAAUAUGAAUAAUUUUAAUUUAAUAUUACCUAAUGUAAGUUUAAAUGAAGAUAAUUAUGGUUAUAAGAAUAAUUCAAGGGGAGGUGUUUAUAAAGAAGGAUAUAAUAAUAAAAAAAAAGAUAAUAAUAAAAAAAAAGAUAAUAAUAAUAAUAAUGAUGAUGAUGAUGAAAAAUUAAAUAAUGGAUGGUAUUCCCAUAUCCAUCAUUGUACUAAAGAUGUCAUUACAGAAAUGAUACAUUCUAAAAAAGAUGAUUUUGAUAUUAUUAAAGAAAAUACCAUAAAUAUGGAUAAAGAUAUAGAUAUUUCAUCAUAUAAUAAUUUAUGUAAUAUAAAAAGAGCAGAUGAAUCUAUUUAUUUAUAUGAAUUAAAUGAAAGCGAACUUUCUCAAUAUUCAUAUAAUGAUAGUAAUUAUAUGACUUAUAAAAUAUUAAAUCGUACAUCUCAAUUUUAUGAUCAUGAAGAUACUAAGAUAAAUAAUUAUGCUCUUCAUAAGUUAUAUAAACAUUAUAAUAAAAAUGUAUGUACAAAUAUAAAUUAUCCUUCAAGUAUAUUAUACAAUAAUCAUCCAUAUAGUUAUAAUAAUUAUUUAUUUUGUAUUAAAAAUUUAUAUCAUAAUAAUAAUAAUAAUAAUAAUUCUUUUUUUCAAAAUAACUCAAAUUUUUAUAUGGAAAAUGUUGUGAAUAAUUUUGAGUAUUAUAUGAAACAAAAUAAUGAUAGUUCAUCUUAUAUGAACCAUAAUACAUUUUAUUCAUUAAACAAUUCUUGCUUUAUCAAAAAAGCAAAUGUUUUAAAAAGCAAAUUACCCAAAUGUAAAUUUUUAUCUGCAUCCCCAAAAGAUGAAAAAGAUGUAAAGACUAUUCCUAUGUCGACAGAACAAAAAAAGGAUUUCUCCUUAUCAUCACAUGAAAAGAAAGAUGUAACUACCUUGUCGAUGGAAAAAAAGUGCACACCCGUAGUAUCAAUAGAAAAGAAAGACGUUCUUAUAUUACCACAAGAAAAAAAGAAUGAAGAAAGGAACAAAUGUGAUGACAAAAUAGAACACAUAUGUGGAAAAGAAGAAUGUAAUGAUAUGUGUAUAUUAAAAAAGAAAAAAAAUGGAAAGGAUGAAGAAGAAUAUUAUGAAUGUGUGAAUUUUAAAGAUAAUGAUGUAUAUACUAAUGACGAAUCUACAACAAGUUCUUGUAGUUAUUAUAAAUCAUUUGGUUCAUGUAAUUCUUACACGUCAUCAAGUGGUGGUGAAUUUUCUUCUUAUUCUAGCGGAGAGGAAAACUUUAAAAAAAAUAUGAAUAAAGUAAAAGAACAAGUAGAUAUAAUGAAAGAAGAUUAUUUGAAAAAAAAUACAAUGAAUGCUUUGUUAAAUACAAAAAAUGUCCAAGCAAAUAAUAGAGCUAUUCUAGCUUCAAAAAAUACAAGACUUGCGAAAACAUCCAUAGAUGUAAGUCGAAUUUUAUUAACGCACGCUUUAACAACAAGGGAUAUAUAUACUUUACAAAAUACGUUGUCCACUAAUAAAAGUAAUACAGAAUUUAGACGUAUUUGUUUGAAAUGGAAGGCAAAAAAGAUUAAAAGAAGAAGUAGGUUAAAAAAGAGGGAAAAAGGUGAUGAGGAAAGUGAGGAUGAUAUAAAAGAUAAGGGUGGAAGGAAUAAAAAAGGGGGCACAAGAAAGGGAAAAAUGGAAGUUGAUGAUGAUGGUGAUGAUGAUGAUGAUGGUGAUGACGAUGAUGAUGAUGGUGAUGACGAUGAUGAUGAUGGUGAUGACGAUGAUGAUGAUGGUGAUGACGAUGAUGAUGAUGGUGAUGACGAUGAUGAUGAUGAUGAUGAUGAUGAUGAUGAUGGUGAUGAUGAUGACGAUGAUGAUGAUUAUAAUGAUGAUGAUAAUGAUGAUGAUAAUGAUGAUGAUAAUGAUGAUGAUAAUGAUGAUGAUUAUAAUGAUGAUGAUAAUGAUGAUGAUUAUAAUGAUGAUUAUAAUGAUGAUUAUAAUGAUGAUGACGAAAGUGACGAUUUUUAUGAUGAACAUAAUUCUUAUGAUGAAGAAGAUGAUUAUUUUGAUGAGGAGAACGAUUACUUUGAUGAAGAUGAUGAUUAUUAUGAUGAAGAAGAUAAUUAUUAUGAGGACGAUGAAAAUAUUCAUGAUGAACAACCUUACAAUUCUCCUAAUAGCAGUAGUAGUUAUGAUAUUAAUAAAAAGAAAAAACAUAAAGCAGUAAGUAAAUUAAAAGGCAAGAGGAAAAAAAAGAAUAAAAAGAAAAAAAAAAGGAAUAUAUCCUCAACUAAUAAAGUAAACCUUUCUGAUUCCUUAGAAUGUUUGGGUUUAGAAAAUUUUAUAAAAUUAACAAAAAAAAAUCUUUUUAUUAAAAAAUCGGAUGAAAAAAAGAAAAGUGAAAAAGGAAAAAAAAAAAAAAAAACUCAAAAAUCCAAAAAAAGUGAUGACACAAAUGAAGGUAAAAAUAAAAUUGAUGAACAAAAAAAAGGUAAGGAAUUGAAGGAAAAUAAAGAUAACAUGAAGUUAAAAAAGAAAAACAAAAUAAAAAAUAUGAAGGAAGUUGAAGGAUCUGUUUUGAAUGAUGAAAAAGGUGACAUGGAAAAAACUACAGUUGAAAAAACACAAAAUGAAAGGAGUGAAAAAAGUAAUAUCACAGAAGAAAGGAAUGAUAAAAAAGUUCUUGCAAAUAAUUUUCAGAAUGAAGUUCAGUGUGAAAAGGAUAUAAAGGAACAGAAAGAAAUACAUAAAGUGGAAAAUGUAAAAGUAGAAGAAAAUAAUGACGAUGAAACUAAAAUUAUUGAAAAUAAGGGAAACGAGUUAGAUGUUAAUCAGGAAGUCAAAAAUGUAAACCAGAAUGAUAGUAAUAUGACCGAAAAAAAUGUAAGUGAAGAAAUUCAAGAGAAUAAAGGUGAAAAUAUUCAAAAGAAUGAAAGCAGAACAAUUGAAAAAAAAGAAAAAACACAAAAAUUAUGUGACAAAAAGGAUGAGAAAAAAAAGAAUAAAGAUGACUUUGAUACAUUAUGUAAGAAGGAUAAAAAAGGAAUUCAUUAUGGAUCAUAUAAGAAAAAUAUAAAAAAGAGAAGAUAUUAUUCAAACUUUUUAUAUGAUGAAAAAAUGCAAAUGCAAAUGAAGAGAAACAAAAAUGAAGGAUAUUACAAUAAAGGUAAUAAAACUAAAAAGGAAAAUUUAGUAUCAAAGGAAAAAGUGAAAUCGGAAAAAGCAGGGUUUAAUAAAAAAAACGAUAGCAGUGAUAGUGACGAUGAAUAUAAAAAAUCAAAAGGAAGGAAAGGAACAGAUAAAAAACCGAACAAUGAUAAAAAGAAAUUUGAUAAAUCGAAUGACGAUAAAAAAAAGAAAAAGGAAAAAGAAGUACAUAAAAACAAUAAAGAAUUUGUAAAAGAAAAGAAAAAUGAAAAUGAUCAAGAUAAAUCAUUGAAAAAGGAGAACGAAAAAAAAGUUUAUGUUCAUCUGGAAAGCCCCUUGGACAUUCUAGUUUGUGCAGGAUUAAUAAGCUCAAAAAAAUUAAUUGAGGCUCAAGCUAUUUUAAAAGAAAAUAAUAAAAGAUUACAAGAAGUGAAGAAUUCUUCCUUCGCUAAUAAUUCCAAUGAAAAGAGUUUAGAAAAAGAAAAAAAUAAAAACCCUAAUGAAAAUGGAUCUUUACUUUCUAAUUCUUUAGCUGUGGAGGUAGAUUUGAGUGGUUGCUUUUUUUUUCAUUCUUCUUUUACAUGUCCUAUUAGUAGAGAUAAGUCCUCCAGGGACAACCCUCCUUAUCUACUUACCUGUGGUCAUGCCAUUUGCAAAAAUUGUGUAGACAAAAUCCAUGCUCAAAGAUCCAGACAAUUCAAAUGCCCAAUGUGUCCACAAUAUUUACAUUUACUGGAGAUAAUUCCCCUAUAUUUUAGUUAA